AUGGCAGAGCCCGGGUUGGACGUCGCCACAUCGCCGCAGUCAGACAGGGAGACGCCGGUGUCCUCGCAGCCAGAGAAGGAGAUUGAGAAUCCACAGCUCGCAGAGAGCCAGGCACAGGUCGACAGGGUGCUGCAGUCGGACAUCGGAGUCGUGACCCUGCUCACUCGCCUGAAGCAAAGCAUCUCCUCUGCCAAAGACCUCGCUACCUUCCUACGCAAACGCUCCGUCCUCGAAGAUGAACACGCCCAGGGCCUCAAGAAGCUCGCGCGGGCAAUGCACGACUCCGCCAUGCGCCAGGACAACCGCCAGGGCAGCUUUGCCCGCAGCUACAACGAAAUGAACAUGAUUCACGACCGCAUUUCCGACCAUGGAGUCCAUUUCUCCCAAUCCCUAAUGCAAAUGGCGGAGGAACUGAACGAUCUCGCCGCCAGCAUGGAACGCGGGCGUAAACAGUGGAAGCAGAACGGACUGACGGCCGAGAAGAGAGUGCAGGAUGCAGAGCUGUUGGCGGAGAAGGCAAAGGCCAAAUACGACAGUCUGGCUGAACAGUAUGAUCGGGCUAGGACGGGCGAGAGACAAGGCGGCAAGUUUGGUCUCAAGGGACCCAAGUCGGCGGCUCAGCAGGAGGAGGAUCUGUUGCGGAAACUCCAGCAGGCAGAUUCGGAUUACUCGACCAAAGUGCAGGCUGCGCAGACACAGAGACAGGAGCUUGUUGCUACGCUGAGACCACAGGCUACCAGGGCAUUGCAAGACUUGAUCAUGGAGUGCGAUUCGGGGUGUACCCUUCAAUUGCAGAAGCUCGCAUCGUUUAGUGAGAAACUGCUACUCGGAAGUGGCCUGGCUGUCAGUCCCAUGAAGACUGGGAGCGCCACUCCAGACAGUCUGAGAGAGGCCGCCAAACGGGUCGACAACGAGCAAGACUUUAGAGACUUCAUCAUCAGCCAGUCUAGCAAAGUCCCUGACACCAAGCCAGCUCUCAAAUACGAAAGACAUGCUACGCUAAUGCCCGCCUCAAACCCCAAUGCCCAUCCAAAGAGACAAUCUCUCAGUCUAAAUGCGAAUCCAACUCCACCGCCUCAAUCUGCAUCUCAGGUAUUUAAUACAAUGUCCCCCAUACCCCGAGACUCGUCCGGAGCUCAAGGAUCGCCAUUAUCAAUGCAGCAACGGCGAGACUCAUGGACCUCCCAGCCUCCGUUCCCGACGUCAACACCGCAGUAUAGCAACCCAUCUUCAAUGCAGCCUACCUACUCGCAACAACAUUCAUACCAGCCUCCGCCUCAACUCGCUCAGCAUGCCCAACCACGGCCAUCUAUAAGUGAUAUCCCACCCAAUGCUCACCCGGAGUUACCACCGCUUAACCCCGUGUUUGGCCUGACUUUGGAUGAGCUAUUCAAGAGAGACGGCACUGCCAUUCCCAUGGUUGUGUAUCAGUGUAUCCAGGCCAUUGAGCUCUUUGGGCUGAAUGUAGAGGGUAUCUACCGGCUUUCAGGAAAUACUAACCACAUAGCCCAUAUGAAGAGCCUGUUCGAUAACGGUAUGCCCGCUCCUUUUUUGACGUACAGUGGAUACAAGCUGAUUACUCUUCUAGAUUCAUCACAAGUCGACUUCACCAACCCAGAGAACUUCUACCAUGACGUCAACAGCGUUGCUGGUCUGCUGAAACUUUUCUUUAGAGACCUGCCCGAUCCACUGUUCACUAAUGAACGGUACUCGGCCUUUAUCGACGCAGCACGCAAGGACGAUGAUAUCCAGCGUCGAGAUGCGCUGCAUGCACUGAUCAACAGUCUUCCGGACCCCAACUAUGCAACUCUUCGAGCACUGAUACUGCAUCUCAACCAUGUUCAAGAACGGAGCUCCGAGAACAGGAUGAAUGCCGGCAACAUCGCCAUCAGCUUUGGUCUCACUCUCAUGGGCACCAACGCAGGCCGUAACAUUGCAGACUCAGGCUGGCAAGCCCGAGUAAUUGAAACAAUACUACAAAACACACUCCAGAUCUUCGACGACGAUUAA